AUGGUGCAGGCGUGGUGGACGGCGGCGCUCGACGGCGUGGGGAGGAGGAACACCGGUCGGUCAGGUUUAGGAGCUGGGAGGAAGAAGAAGAAAAAGAUGAAGGGUGGGUUUUCUUUGGGUGAGCUGAUUGAGAGAGAGGGGGCUGAUGGAAAUAAGAGGAGAGAGGGUGAUUGGAGAGAGAGGAUGAGCUGUCAAAUUGUGAGAGGGGGAGAGAAAAGGAAACAAGAAGAUGAAGAGGAUGAUGAGGAGGAUGACGAGAUGGAGGAAACUAUUGAAGGUUGUUCUAAUCAAGGUGAUGAUGAUGGUGGUGGUGGUGGUGGUGAUGAUGAUAAUGAUUAG